AUUCCUUACGCUGGCUCGGAGGCGCACAUGCACGAUGUCCUCGACGAAGUGUGCAGCCAGAUGGACAAUUACGCACAGGCGACACACAAGGAAACGGAGAGCUCAUCCUCGUGAAUCUCAGCAAGGACGUUGACAAGCUGAGCACUUACCAAGUUGUCCCUGACCCCACUGCUAAUGGAAAAAUUCGGCAGCUCUGUGAAGAUAUGAUUGGGGAGUACGAAGACGAUUACAUGCGAGUUUUCUCAAAGCACAAGAUAAGGGUGGAGCCCCAAGCCUUCAGGUUGCUUUGUGAAAACAACAAAGAAAUUUGCGGAGAAAAGGCGAAGGAAGAGCUGUAGCUGCCAUUCUACACUUCACUGUCACUGCCAUGUGUGCAGGCCCACGUGAUGGUAGAACUUUUCAAGAACUUCAAAAAAAAAAUUUU